AUGAUGCCAUAUGGAAUGGGAAUGCCAGCUGGUGGAGGGUCUCGUGCUACCAGCAGGUCCCAUGGUAAUGACUGCGGUAGGUUCUGCGGAAAUAGCAUGGCCCUUUACCAACAGGCUGCUCGGUCAUUCAGGUACCUUGUGAGCAAUUGGGAUCAAGCUACGGUGCUAGGAUCUCCGAGUCAAAUGGUCCCUAUGAGGAUAAUGCCGACCUUGCUUAUUGCGUUAAAGGAGAUAUCCUUAGGCUUGCUCAAGGAUCCUAAGCUCAGCACUCUGAUAGUGCCAAAGAAAAAAAUUCAUGGAAAUCAUAUCUUGCCACAAGCAGCUUCAACAAUCCCGACAUUAAAUGGGGAAGCAGAGGGCAAUACUGCUGGUUUGAAUUUUGAGGGUACUAAACUGAGAAUAAAGAAGAUGUUCAACAAGGUUGAUCUCACUGUUUCCUCAUAUGACACUGCUUGGGUGGCAAUGGUCCCUUCUCCAAAUUCCCUGACGGACCCUUUUUUCCCUGAAUGCGUAAACUGGCUAUUGGGAAAUCAACUCCAUGAUGGUUCAUGGGGUCCUCCAAAUUUGCAUCCCUUGUUGAUGAAAGAUGCUCUCUUGUCCACCAUAGCAUGUAUCCUUGCACUAAAACGGUGGAGUGUGGGCGAAGAACAAAUUAACAAGGGGCUACAUUUUAUCAAAUCAAAUUUGGCUUCAGCUAAUGAUGAAGAGCUACAUUCUCCUGUUGGAUUUAAUAUAAUGUUUCCUGCGAUGAUUGAAUCUGCCAUGAAGUUGGAUAUGAAUCUUCCCCUGGGAGCACCAACUCUAGAUGCUUUGUUUCACAGGAGAGAACAUGAGCUUAAAAGGCUAUCAAGCCAGAUAGGAAAGGAAUGGAUAUACGUGAUACAAUCAGUUCAUGUGCUAGUCAAAAUAAUGGAAAUGCACUGCGGUUAUGGAAGCAACUCAGAGGGGUGGAGAGCCUUCUUAGCAUAUAUUUCAGAAGGAUUUGGAAAAUCGCAGGAUUGGGAGUUGGUCAUGAAGUAUCAAAGGAAGAAUGGGUCGUUGUUUAAUUCACCGUCAACCACAGCUGCUGCUUUUACUCACCUUAAAAAUGCUGAUUGUCUUAAGUACCUCCGCACACUCUUAGAAAAGUUUGGAAAUGCAGUUCCAACGGUUUAUCCUCUAGAGAACUAUGCCCGUCUUUCUAUGGUUGCCAGUCUUGAAAGUUUGGGUAUUGAUCGACAUUUCAGGGAGGAAAUAAGAAGUGUACUGGAUGAAACAUACAGAUGCUGGCUGCACGGUGAUGAAGAUAUAUUUUCUGAUGCUGCCACCUGUGCAAUGGCAUUUCGGCUCUUACGUGUUAAUGGAUAUGAUGUUUCUGCAGAUCCAUUAAGUCAAUUUUCAGAAGAUUGUUUCUUUAAUUCCCUUGGAGGAUAUUUGAAGGACAUUGGUGCUGCCUUAGAAUUGUUGAGGGCUUCAGAAUUCAUCAUACAUCCAGAUGAAUCAGUUAUGGAGAAACAAAAUUACUGGACAAGCCAUUUUCUGAAACAUGAGUUAUCAAAUACUUUAGUUCAGGGUCAUAUAUUCAAUAAGCACAUUGUCCUAGAGGUGGAAGAUGUUCUUAAAUUUCCUUCCUAUGCAAAUUUGGGUCGGUUGUCAACCAGGAGGGCUAUAAAAUAUUACAACACAGAUAGUACAAGGAUUUUAAAAUCUUCUUACCGUUGUUUGAAUAUUGGCAAUGAAGAUUUCCUAAAAUUGGCAGUGGAUGACUUCAAUAUUUGCCAAUCUAUACACCGUGAAGAACUCAACCAUCUUGCAAGGUGGAUUGGGGAGAACAGAUUAGACAAGCUAAAUUUUGCUAGGCAGAAGCUGGCAUACUGCUACUUCUCUGCUGCUGCAACCCUUUUUGCUCCUGAACUAUCAGAUGCCCGCAUAUCAUGGGCCAAAAAUGGAGUGCUUACAACUGUGGUUGAUGAUUUCUUUGACAUUGGAGGUUCUGAAGAGGAACUGGUAAACCUCAUACAAUUGGUCGAGAAGUGGGAUGUGAAUGUGAGUGUUGAUUGUUGUUCCGAGCAUGUUGAAAUUAUAUUUUCAGCACUUAAGAACACAAUUAAUGAGAUUGGAGUCAAGGCAUUCAAGUGGCAAGGACGCAGUGUGACAAGUCACGUAAUUGAGAUUUGGUUAGAUUUGCUCAAGUCUAUGUCGAAGGAGGCUGAGUGGUUGAGAAACAAACUUAUGAGCACUUCUGGGCGUCUCCUCAAUGAUAUCCAAGGCUUUAAGAGGGAAUCUGCGGAAGGGAAGCUAAAUGCUUUAACGUUGGCCAUGAUUCAUGGCAACAGGGUCGUCACUGAGGAGGAGACUAUCAAUGAGAUGAAGAGUGUUAUAAUGAGUAAGAGGAGAGAAUUGCUAAGACUAGUUUUGCUAGAGAAGGGUAGCAUAGUACCAAGAGCUUGCAAGGAUUUGUUUUGGAAUAUGAGCAAAGUGCUGCAUCUAUUUUAUGCAAAGAAUGAUGGAUUCACUGCACAUGAUAUGAUGAAGACUGUUAUGGCAUUUCAAUUGCUGGGAAAUCUGGAAGCACCACAGUGUGAUUGCAUUCCUCCAAAUCCUGAUGCUUUCAUUCUCAAAUGA